AUGUGCAGCCCUUUUCAUUUCCUGCCUUAUGCCAUUUCAACGCUCAAAUUUCAACGUCGACUUCGUGCUUGUGCGGUAAAGUGGGGGUGUUUAGUAGAUGCAAGGAGCGGUCGAAGCGCUAUCUGCUAUCCAGCACUGUCGGCAGUUGUUAGAUGCUGUAAUAUAUUGUAUGUUCCUUCUCGCCUUUUCUCCCUUUCUCGCCUCUUGGUGUCCACCGUCAGCUUAUCCAACCGCUCAUCUUCUUUCCUCAGUUUCUCGGAUGGGUGUGUUGUUAAUAGCCCACUACAACAGGGGUGUUCAGUGCAUGCGCACAACUGUGUUCUGUUCAGGGCAUCAGUCAUGAUGUUCCGCAGCGCAGACAUCGACCAACUUGAACGAGACUUCGUUCAAAAAUUAUUUCAGGGCAAUGUUUGCUCACUGCUGCGUGAAAUGAUGCUGGACUUCUGGCAACGAUACCCUGCAGGUCAACCUAUCCUUGUGUACAAAUUCGACGAAUUUCCUGCGAUUUUUAUUGAUGGUAUCAAAAUUGACUUGUCCUUGACACCCAUGUCCUCUGCGCUGUUUUUUUCGACGAUUGAAGUAACAAAGCAGGCAUUCUACCGAAACACUCUCUCAUAUGCCAUCGUGAACCUCAAGCGUGUGUUCUCUCUUUAA